UUUCAACGAAAGCGCGUGGACUAAUUUUUUUCCACGACUGCAUGUUGAAAUAAAAAAAUAUAUUUUCUCAAGUGUUAAUUAAAAAAUAAAAUAAUUUAUUAAAAAGUGGAAGUAAUUAUAAAUCACAAAAAUGUUUGUGCUCUACGAAACGCCGGCGGGCUACGCUAUUUUCAAAUUAAUGGAUGAAAAAAAAAUGCAGGAAGUGGAUAACCUAUAUUUGGAAUUUCAAUCCCCAGAAAAAGCCAACAAAUUGUUAAAAUUGAAGCAUUUUGAGAAGUUUAACGACACUACAGAAGCUUUGGCUGCAGCCACAGCAGCCGUAGAGGGUAAAGUUUCAAAGCCAUUAAAGAAGACUUUGAAAAAGUUGCUCGGCGAUGAAGUACAGGAAUCAUUGUUGGUUGCCGAUGCCAAGUUAGGUAAUGCCAUCAAAGAAAAGUUUUCGGUACAAUGUGUCUACAAUACUGGAGUUCAAGAAUUGAUGAGAUGCAUAAGACAACAAGCCGAUAGUCUUUUGGGUGGAUUACCCAAAAAGGAAAUGACUGCUAUGGCAUUAGGUUUGGCUCAUUCCCUGUCACGUUAUAAGUUGAAGUUUUCGCCAGAUAAAAUCGAUACUAUGAUUGUGCAGGCACAAUGCUUGUUGGAUGAUUUGGAUAAGGAACUGAACAACUACAUGAUGAGAGCACGUGAAUGGUACGGAUGGCAUUUCCCCGAAUUGGGUAAGAUUAUAACUGAUAACAUUGCCUUCGCUAAGACAAUUAAACUGGUCGGUACUAGAGACAAUAUGGCGGCGACUGAUUUGUCAGACAUUUUACCCGAAGAUGUAGAGGAGAAAGUAAAGGAAGCUGCUGAAAUUUCCAUGGGUACUGAAAUCUCUGAAGAAGAUAUUAUGAAUAUUCAAUGUUUGUGUGAUGAAAUUUUAUCCAUUAAUGAUUACCGAACACAUUUGUAUGAUUACCUCAAGACUCGUAUGAUGGCCAUGGCACCAAACCUAACAGUUUUGGUUGGAGAAACAGUUGGAGCGCGGCUAAUAGCACAUGCUGGCUCCUUGAUAAAUCUCGCCAAACAUCCCUCAUCUACUGUACAAAUUCUCGGUGCUGAAAAGGCUUUGUUCCGUGCGCUAAAGACCAAGAAAGACACACCUAAGUAUGGUUUAAUCUUCAACGCUCAGCUAGUGGGUCAAGCUAGUUUAAAGAACAAAGGCAAAAUGUCACGUUCUCUUGCUGCUAAAGCGUCCCUUGCAACACGUGUUGAUGCUUUUGGCGAAGAAGCCACCUUCGAAUUGGGUGCCGCCCACAAAGUCAAAUUGGAGUCCAGACUGCGAUUACUCGAAGAAGGAAACCUACGUAAACUAUCGGGAACUGGCAAAGCUAAAGCUAAAUUUGAAAAAUACCAAGCUAAAAGUGAGGUAUUUACUUAUGAACCUGAGGCUGACAGUACUCUUUCGGUGAAAAAACGUAAGCACUCUGAAUCGGCUGACGUUUCUACCCCCGUUAAGAAGGAAAAGGUUGAGGAAGAAACACAGGAGGUAGAGGAAACACCAACUACUUCCGAAAAGAAAAAGAAGAAGAAGAAGAAUAAAAAUAAGGACCAAGAAGCUCCAGAAGCACCCACAGAAGAAACUCCCGCUAAGAAAAAAUCAAAAAAAGUUAAAGAAGAAACAGUUGAUUCAGAUUAAAUAUAAUUAGAGUUUCUUGUUUAAGAUUUAACUAUUAGCCAUUAGAGUUUUUAAUAUACAACUUCCCGUAGUUUUAAGUUAUUGAGUCUUUUUUUAAUUAAUACUAUUAUACAUUAAGUUAAUGUAUUAUUUUUUUAAAUAUACAUAAUUUGUAAUAUAAACAAAUGUAAAAAAGAGAAUACAAAAGAAA